CCAAACCAAACCAAAUUUUGGGGGUUGGCUACAUGAAUAAAUUUUUUUGCCAUUCAGCCCUAUCAAGGGCUAUACACAUAAUUAAAUUAAAAUUUGAAGUAGGUUCAGUCUUUAGAUGGAAAUCAUGAUGCCCCAAAAUAUUGUUUGGAUCCAUUUGGUUUCUCAUCACAAGCAAAUGUUUUCUACAGAAUGAUAGGAAUUGCAUAACAUGAAUACUUAGUUACAUGAUAAAGGCCUUCAACCCACUUUAUAUCUUUACAUGGUGCUAAAAACGAACAUAAGCUUCCCCGGAAAAUUUGCAUGCCACCUCCUUUGAGACUAGUUCCCACCAGGUGGGUGUUUCUUGAAGUUGAAUCAGAGUCCAUCAUUCUACUUGGGUAUUUUUUUUCUUUCUUUUUCUACACAUUCUUGGGGGCCUUGAUGUCUGCAUGACACUGAUUUCUUUUUGGUAUGAAAUCUAUCCAAGAUGUCUUUUCUAGUUUUAUGUUGUCAGAUUUAUUUACCUUAGCUAGAUUGUUACUAAUAAAUUGUCUUUAUUUAUCGAAAAAUAAAAAAUUGUGGAAUUCAUUGUCCAAAUUAUGCAUAAGGUAAUGCAUUGCUUCUCAUAUUGCUACAUUUGUAUAGCAGACUUAUAUUUCUAUACAUGACAUUUGGUUGGUAUGCUGUAGAUUCAGGCAUCAGUGGUGAACUGUUUUGGUUUGAUUCCUUUUCUCAUCGUCCAUAUAUUUUUCUUCAUUGAAUUUCUACUCGUUGUAGUGUUUCAUGAAAUGCACUUUUAAUAUCAUUAUGUUGUAUUGCUGCUGGUCCUUGUUUAUAUCAACUGGAGCGGUUGUUGUCUACUACACAUUAACUCUUGAGUGUCAAAUGUGCAUGGUUUGGCAAAGAAAAAUUUUAUUGAGAAGGAAGGAGUGGCAGAAAUAAUUGAUGAUGUUUACAGAAAACUGCAGGGUGCGGGGACCACUUCUGCAUCAACGAAUGGAGAUAGUUUUUUAGAAAUCGACAACAUGAAACCUAAAGAAGAAGUUGUAGAAAAGGAGGUUCGCUGCCCCUGUUGUUGGUCACAGCCAAUUAAGGGUAAUAUGAUUCAGUGUGUAGAUCCGCAGUGUCGUGUGUUGCAACAUAUUUCUUGUGUUAUCAUCCCAGAGCAGUGUUCAGAGGGCAUUCCGUCUCAAUUUUAUUGUGAAAUUUGUCGAAUCAAUCGGGCAGAUCCAUUUUUGGUGACUGUGAAACAACCUUUAUCUCCUGUCAAGCUGAUUACUUCAAAUAUUUCUACUGAGGCAAUCAGCCCACAUUAUGUGGAAAAAGCAUUUGAUCUUGUAAGUGAAGAUAUGGAUUUGUUACAGAAUAAGGAAUAUGAUGUUCAGGUUUGGUGUAUUCAUCUUAAUGAUAAAGUUCCAUUUAGGAUGCAAUGGCCACUGUAUACAAAUCUACAAGUUAAUGGUGUUCAAGUAAAAACAUUCAAAAGGCCUGAAUCACAGUUGUUAGGAGCUAAUGGCCGUGAUGAUGGUCCAAUGAUUGCAUCUUACGUACGCAAGGGAACUAAUCAGAUUUCUUUGUCAGUACGCGAUGCUCGACGUUUCUGCCUAGGCGUUAGACUUGUAAAGAAACGUACAAUAGAACAGAUCCUCAACUUGAUUCUUGAAAAGCAAAAUUGUGAGCCCUUUGAAGAUGCUCUAGCUCGUGUUUGUCGUUGCAUUGGUGGCGGAGUGGCUAUGGAAAAUGAAGAUAGUGAUAGUGAUUUGGAAGUUAUUGUGGACUGUGUUACAGUCAAUCUGCGUUGUCCUUUGAGUGGCUCUAGAAUUGAGAUUGCCGCCAGAUUCAGACCAUGUGCACACAUGGGUUGUUUUGAUCUUGAAACUUUUCUUCAGCUAAACCAACUCUCUAGGAAGUGGCAAUGUCCAAUUUGCAUGAAGAACUACUCCUUAGAAGACAUUACCAUUGACCCUUAUUUUAAUCACAUCACGAAGAUGGUAAAGUACUGUGGAGACGAUACAAUUGAGAUUGAUGUGAAGCCUGAUGGUUCUUGGCGUGCAAAGAAUGUAUAUCAGUUUAAGAAGCUUGAACAGUGGCACCUCCCAGAUGAAAUUAUUUAUGUUUCCACACCUGAAGAUGGUUCCACAUGUGUUUCAAUGAUUGAACUGGAUGGCAUUGGCAAUUUCAAUUUAUCUGCCAACAAUGGCCAUGAAAUCAAUACUGUUCCAAACAACUUUGAUGCUACAACUGGGACCAUGAACAGAUAUACUUGUCCAUCAUUAGGGGGUCUUGAUGUCAUAGUUCUCAGCGAUUCAGAAGAAGAGAAUGCCAAUUUUACUUAUCCUGAAACUGCCUCUAUAACUCAAGCAAUGAAAAAUGGUGGACAUUCUUUCUCUGUUCCUUCUGGAACUUCCAAUGUGUACCCAGAAGAUCCAGCUCUUGAUCAUGGCAAUGAUAUUGAGAUCUAUGACCAAGCAUUUGCUUCUGGUACUCGAGCAGGUUCCCAGUUCCAACUAUUUCAUAUAGAUAAUGUCUCAGAUGCUUUAAUUGAUUCAGACUACACUCCAGUUACCUCUGCUCCACCAAUAGAUGGUUAUGCAUUGACUUCAAAUUGCACUAUAGAUCCUAGCAGAGAACUUGUUGAUUCUUCUGUAUGCCAUUCUGACACCGAAAUAAAUGAUAUCCUGUGUGAUCUGGGCAACAAACCUCAGACAUCAAAUGGUUUCCGUGGAGAGAAUUUGACUUCUUUUGGGCUUGGUAGCAAUAGUAGUGGUGGUAAUAAUGGUGCAACCUCAAAUCAACUGGAUUUGGUAAACCAGUUUGAAUCGGAUGAAGCUUUAUCACCACCUCCAGGUAUGAAUGAUGAAGUCAAGUCCAAUGGGACAAUCAGAUGCUACGCAGCUGUAACACCUCCAGGACUGGAUUUCGUAUGUUUUGCUCAUUCUUUUCUUCCAUUGGCAGCUUUAUCACCUCCAGGUAUGAAUGAUGAAGUCAAGUCCAAUGGGACAAUCAGAUGCUACUCCUUAUCACCACCUCCAGCUUUAUCACCUCCAGGUAUGAAUGAUGAAGUCAAGUCCAGUGGGACAACUGAUGCAAAAACAUCAUCUGGCCUUUUUUCAUAUCAUUGCUGGCCACGGACUGGGAGGCAUCCAUAGCUUUCAUACAUUCAGACUUGGUGUAUAAGGUGCGCUAUAUAAAUUUCCUUGUUACUAGGUUUCAGUCUUGAAGGUUUGCCGGUCCAACAUUGCCUCCAUCCCGGCAAUGAUUCCAGAACUCUGAUUGAUGUUGUUUCAGGUUGAAAUAUCAGUCUCACCAUGAGGAGUUAAACCUCUGGAAGAAGUGCCUACUCUCUUUGUAAUUGGGUCAUUUUGACCAAGCAAGCGUAAAUUUCUUGUAAAUGUUAACACAACAAGAUUCAACAUUUUUCGUAUGGCAUUAAGUGUAAAUAUCUUGUAAAUGUUAAAAUACCUAGAUUUGGCUAGAAAUAACUUGUAAAUGUUAAAAUACGUAGACUCGGCGAGAAAUAAUAAGUUCUCAAUUUUUCUUGUAGUAUUAGUGAGUAGCUAAUGAUUUUUAGCUUUUGCUUUA